CGGCCGUUCCCUCGCCGCCGGCGCCACCGCGCCGCCGCCAGCAGAAGUACGCCAUGCUCCGCCUCCACAAGUAUGUCCUCACCCAACUGCUCCCUUCUUCCUCCGCCUCCGCCAUCUCCCCUCUCAGCCGCCUCAUCUCCGCCGCCGCGCCCGCCAUCUCCCCAAACCCUAGCUUCGCCGUGGAGGAGUACCUCGUCUCCACCUGCGGCCUCACCCGACCCCAGGCCCUCAAGGCCUCCGCCAAGCUCUCCCACCUCAAGUCCCCCGCCAAUCCCGACGCCGUGCUCGCCUUCCUCGCCGGCCUCGGCCUCUCCGACGCCGAUGUCGCAGCUCUCGUUGCCAAGGACCCCAAGUUCCUCUGCGCCGGCGUCGAGAGAACCCUGGCCCCCGUCGUCGUCGGGCUCACCGGCCUCGGCCUCUCGCGUCCUGAGAUCGCACGCCUCGUCUCGCUCGCCGGCGAAAAAUUCCGCGGCAGAUCUGUCGCCUCGAAGCUAUCCUACUUCCUGUCCCUCUUCGGAUCCUACGACAACCUCCUCCGGGUACUCAAGCACAGCCCUAAUCUCCUCGGAUGCAACCUCGACAAGAUUGUCAAGCCCAACGUCGCCUUCCUCCUGGAGUGCGGGCUAGGUGCUUGCGAUAUUGCCAAGCUGUGCAUCUCUUCGCGAUGGCUGCUCUCCACCAACCUCGAACGCCUCCGGGCAAUGGUGGCAUGCGCCGAAGGUAUCGGUGUGCCACGUGGCUCUGGGAUGUUCAGACCGAUGUCGCGUGCUGUCGCAUUCCUCAGCCAGGAGAAGAUCACCGCCAAAGUGAACUACAUGAAGAACACGUUCAGAUGGUCGGAUGCUGAGGUGGGCAUUGCUAUUUCUAAGGCUCCAACGUUGCUGACGAGGGAUAAGGAAUCGCUGCAGCACAGGUCCGAGUUCCUCAUCUCCGUGGUGGGGUUGGCACCAGCAUACAUUGCUUAUCGUCCAGCAAUGCUCAUGUACAGCUUGGAGGGCAGGAUCAGACCCCGAUACUACGUUGUAAAGUUUCUCAAGCAAAAUGGAUUGCUAGAUCACGACCGGGAUUUCUAUAAUACAGUCAUGGUCAGUGAGAAGGUAUUUAUGGAAAGGUUCAUAUGCCCUCACAAGAAAGCUGCAGCACAUCUUGCUGAAGACUAUGCCACCGCUUGUAGAGGGGAAGUGCCCGCCAGAUUCACUUUUACAUGAACCAAGACCAGUAUGAAAACUGGUAUGUCAUUCUGUAGAGAAGAAAACAUCGCACUGCUAUGAACUUGUUCUUCCUUGUGUCAUAUUGACACACAGAUUGGAACUAAGAGAGUGAGAUCAGGGCAUCCUGCCAAUUUAUUUGAAGUAUCAAUGAGUAGUAUUUCUGCACACUCUGUAUCUUUGUGUUCUGAAAUGGCCAUUGCAGUGUUCUCAAUGCAAUCCUCCAUCUGCCUUUCAUGAAAGAAUGUUCUCAUUUUGGCCAUGAA